AUGAGUUCUGCUGAUUCGAAGCUCUUUGCAACAGGCGAUGCAACGCCAGCCGGCGAGGCGGCGGUUGCACGAGAAGGCGAGGGUGAAGGUCAAGCAAGCCAAAGGGGAUUUUUGUUUUCUACAGUCGCAUCGAUGUUCAUGAAAGGCAGUGAAGAGGAGGAGGAGGAAGAGGAAGAAGAAGAAGAGGAGGAGGAGGAAGAGGAAGAGGAGGGCUGGAUCUCGUGGUUCUGCUCCUUAGAAGGUCAUGACUGCUUUGCGGAAGUGGAUGAGGAAUAUAUCAGAGACACAUUUAACCUCUUUGGCCUGAAGUCUGCCGUUAACAACUUUGAUUCCGCAAUGGAUAUGAUCCUCGGAGAAGCCCCCGAUGAAGACGAAGUUGUUGAGCAGAGUUUUGUAGAUGUGUAUAGGGAUGCAGUAGAUCUUUACGGACUGAUUCACGCAAGAUACAUCAUUUCACCUAGGGGACUUCCACAAAUGAGGGACCGGUGCAUGGAUGAGGUCUUUGGUCAUUGCCCGCGCGUUCUUUGUGAUCGCCAACUGCUUCUUCCCGUUGGAAUAUCGCCAGAUCUUCGGCUGUAUAGGCUACGAUUAUUUUGCCCUCUCUGUCGUGAAGUUUAUGAGAUGCUAAACGGCAACGAAGUGACGAAAGACAUUGAUGGCGCGUAUUUUGGACCCUCCUUUCCGCACAUCUUCUUACAAACGUUUUCCAGCUGGGUUCCUAACGCCGCUCCAAUUCCUUACCAACCGCGCCUCUUUGGCUUCAAGAUUCAUAAUAGGCAUUCUGUUAUCAAGAUAAAGCUGGAGAACGGCGAAUACGGUAGCGCCUAUGUCUCUCAGAAGCGACGCUCUGCCGUCGCUGCCAUAGAGGGCGGGAGCGCUGAGGAGGAUAAACAGGCGGCUUAA